AUGGGUUCUAUCUGUGAUGAUCUCCCUUCCGCCCUUGGGCUGACAGGAAUCGGUCCUGUGAAACCUAGGGUUUUUGUGGACGCAUUCCUCCAACAGCAUCCUGAGAUUGACUAUGUGCGGUUCCAGUGGGUGGACUAUUCGGGUAUUCUCCGAGCCCGGGUGGCCACCAUGGAUUAUUUUCAGUCAACUGUGACGAACAACGCGCCUCUCCGGUGUGGUCAGAUCACGCUAAGCUGUCUCCCCGACGAGAGUCGAGUCCCAUUCGAGGCAUCAUCGGCCCAUUUGCUGUACCCAGACUGGUCCUCCCUCCGAGCUCUCUCCAACUGCAUGAAUAAAGAUGGUCCAUAUUAUGCCUCGGUGAUGUGUUCAAUCAUCGAGGAGAAGCCAGGGGUGAUAUCCAACCCCAACCUGUGUCCUCGAAUUGCUUUGAAGAACGUCAUGGCUAGAGGAAAAUUGGAGUGUCAGCUGGAUUUCCUCAUUGGCUUUGAAAUCGAGUUCGUUGUUCUACAGUCCACUCCGGACGGGGCCCUGAUCCCGUUUUCAUCACACCCAGGGACCUACUCGGCCGCCGGGCUACGUGCCCCGUCUUACAAGUACCUGGAGGAGUGCGUGAGAAAUCUCUCAAAUUCCGGGAUUCCAGUCCGCGAAUUUCAUGUUGAAGGAAAUGUUGGCCAAUAUGAGAUCACCUUGGCCGCCAGGCCUCCACUUGAAGCUGUCGAUGAUCUCGUCACCGCACAUGACAUUAUCAGAUGCACAUUCGCUAGCCAUGGCUACACAGCCACUAUGUCGCCCAAGCCGGUGGAAAAUCGAUCCGCAAACGGCUCCCACGUCCAUGUCUCGAUUCAUCCUCCCCGAAAGCAAGAAGCAUUCCUCGCUGGCAUGCUUCAGCGCCUGUCGGCCAUUUGUGCCUUCUCAAUGCCGUCAAUCAGUUCCUAUCGGCGCUGUGGAGACUUUCAGGCUGGAACAAAGGUCAGCUGGGGAACGCAAAACCGUCAAACGCCUAUUCGCAAACUAGGGGACGGUUACUGGGAGAUUCGAUGCGCCGAUGCGACGGCGAAUAUGUAUCUGGCCGUUGCAUCUAUCCUCGGCGCGGGACUGCUGGGGAACCGCAAUGACGAGCCGCUCCAUUGGGAAGACAUGUCUUUGGCCUCUAGGUCUUUGGCCGCUGGUGAAGAACUUCCGCGAUCCAUUAAUGACUCUUUGGGUUCGUUGGAAGCGAUAUCUGAUGAGUUUGGGGAAGUCCUUAGUAGUAAGGUUGGGUUGAGAUAUCUGCAUGUGAAGCGGAAUGAGGCUCUUGCCUUAGAGGGUCUUGAGCCAUAUGCACUAGCACAGCUUUUAUCCAAGGUCUAUUAG